GUGUCAGUUAUUCAGUUCAGUUCAGUUCCACGCUUAAGUCUAUGCGUGACAGCAGUUUAUUUUACAAACUUUAUAAAUUACCCUGAUUUAUUGUGCCGGCUGUUACGCAAAAUUUUUUAUUCCUAAUAUUAAUUAUUUAACAAAAAAAAAAAAAAAAAAAUGGUAACCUUAAAAGGACGUAAAACUUCUAAUAAAAAUCCCCCAAUUUUAAGUCAUGAAUUUAUCAUUCAAAAUCAUGCUGACAUCGUUUCAUGUGUGGCUAUGGUCUUCGUUAUUGGUCUUAUGAUUCAGAUAACAUCGCCAUGGGCUUACAUAUUUAUUGCACUCCAACACAAUAUUUCAACAACCGAAGAAGUAGAUGCUCCUUGGCAGCCAGUUAAAUUUACAACUGGCUGGAAAGAUGCUUGUGCUGUCUUCUUUUAUUUCCUUAUUACAAUUGUUAUGCAUGCUGUUGUUCAAGAAUAUAUUUUAGAUAAAAUUUCAAAGAAAUUACAUCUUAGUAAAAUAAAAUUAUCAAAGUUCAACGAAUCAAGUCAAUUAUUGGUAUUCUAUGUGUUAUCUGCACUCUGGGGUAUCGAUAUCAUCAUGAGAGACAAUUUGAUACUGGGUUUCCCAUCACUUUCGCAAUCAUAUCCAUUGCCAAUGUCAUUUUUAAUGAAACUCUUCUUCAUUGUGCAAUUAGCAUACUGGCUCCAUUGUUAUCCUGAAUUAUAUUUUCAACGUAUUAAACGUGAAGAAAUUCUAUCUCGAGUUAUCCACGCUACUUUUGGGUUAUUCUUCACGCUUGCUGGUUAUAUUUUCAACUUCCAACACAUUACUCUUCUUUUACUCGUUCUUCAUUACGUUGGAGACGCACUUCAACACACAGCGCGUUGGGUCCACAUAGUUUACCGUAAAGAAUCUAGAACACGUUUUACCUUUACUCUUGCCAAUUACGUGUACGUGUUAACUAGAAUAGCUACAUUGGCUGGUGCCGGUCUCUUCUACAUUUAUGGAUUGAGCAAAAUUGAUUCAUCAUUAGAUUACACAACUGGUCAUUUUAAUAUUCCAGCAAUUCGAUUCACAGCUUUUGCUCUCGUAGCUUUGUUCCAAUUCUAUCUGAUAUUCGAAUUUUUGAAACGCCAGAGACAGAGAGUUUCCGAAACUAAGACAGCUGCUGUACAACCAAAAUCCAAACCAAAACUACAAAAACUGAAGAAAAAAGAAGGUAAAAAACCAGCUUCUGAAGAUGAUGAGCUACCAGAAGUAGACCAAGAAACGAAGAAAAAUUUAAGAUCUCGAUCGACGACAAAAACUAAAUAAUAAAUUUAUUUCUAAAAUAAUGUUAUUAAUCAAGGCUGAUUAUCAAGUGGCUUCCGGUUUUUGUCAUUUAACACUCUUAAAUUAAAAAACAAGAUCAUUACAUACAUUAUUUUAUAAAUUUUCAUUAUUAUUUUAUCAA